CCAAAGCGCCCUCUAGCGGGCUACCGUUACCGACUAUGCUCAUCUCCGGCAGCACAAAACAAUCUCUCAAAGACUUUGAGCAAAACAUGUCUUGUACGUAACGGUUCGGGAUCUAAAGGCGGCUUCUCGCUUCCAGCGUGACAAGAAGCAUUGUCUUUGUUUUUCUUCACAAGUUGCCUUCCACUGCUGUAUGAUUCCCGUCGUGUCAGCGGCAGAAGAGCCAGAGAGAUGUCUCAGAAAGCACUGGGAUCCCUUGUAGCUCUUCUGUGUGCCGGGGCCUGUCUGGUUCAGGGAAAGGAGUUCUGUUUUGGUGUAAACAAUGAGCAAUACCGCUGCGAGAUGGGCUACUGUUGCGGUGAAACCAAGUGUUGCACCUACUACUACGAGCUGUGGUGGUUCUGGUUGGUGUGGACUCUGAUCAUCAUGCUGAGCUGCUGCUGUGCGUACCGCCACCGCAGGGUGAAGAUGCGUCUGCAGCAGGAGCAGCGGCAGAGGGAGAUCAGCCUCAUGGCGUAUCAGGGGGCGUCCAGCUCCUUCAUCUCCCCGCCGCCCCCCAGCCUGAGGUUUUGGAACGACUGUAAGCUCCCCGACUAUGAGGAGGUUGUUGGCCAUCCCCCGACUCCUCCUCCACCCUACUCCGAGGCCCCGCCCCCCCUCCCCCUGCCAGCCAGUCAGCCUGCGGCAGCCGCCACCGCCCUGGUGCUGCCCCUCCCCCAGGCCGCUGGGUCCGCCUCACCAGCACCACCAGCACCAGCAGCCUCCAGCCCGUCACAUCUGCCGUCGGGGCGGGCGGAGGAAGAGGAGGAAGAGCUGACAACCCGCCGGCGCCAUGUGACGGGCGACUCUGGGAUCGAGGUGUGUGUGUGCCAGCUGGAUGAGGAAGAGGAGGAGGAGGAGGAGCCACAGGGGGCCGCUGAGAUGCGGCUGUGCCGGAGCGUGGGGGGGGACUGCUGCUCCGGGCCUCUGCACCACCAGAAGCGAGCCCUGAGACACCAGGAUCCCAGCCGGCCGGGACCCCAGACCGCGGGUGCCGGCCCGGGGGACCAUAUGGUCUAGGAUUAGGGCACCCGACCGCCCUGGGCCACUGCCGCUGCCGAGUCUUGUUUCAAAUAAUGUCUCUGCCUGUCUUCUUGCUUCACAGAGGCUCCAACAACAAGAGCUAACGUUGGCAGUCGUCGUGGCAACCGUCGGUCAGGGUCGUGAAGAUGGGAAUUUAAAGAAAGAUGAUUGGGAAAAAACCUAAAUGUACGGAUGACUGUACGGAUGAAGUAUUUCCAGAUUAGCAGUGAUGCCUCCUUUUCAGAAGAAAAGGAAAAUCUGUGCCCCCAGAUAAAACAUGGGGGGUGAUUUCAGUGAUUGAUUGUAACCAAAAGCUGUAGUGUUAGGCUUAAACUCCUCUCUCCCUUCUCUCCUGUCUGGUUUUCCUCUCCCUCUGGUAUUGGCUGAUUCAUUGCAUCGGUCCCAAGUGAGGCCCGGCGGGGGUUCAGGAGGACUUCUGAUAACAUUCUCCCCCCAGACCAAAGAGUGGACCCUGUGAUAACAUCAGCUGUGUGCUGAUGUCUGAGGUCAUAGCAUUAGAGCAUUCCCGCCAUCUUGGAUCUUAACAUGAAUGUCUUUGCCGGACCGGUUGGAUAUGGAGUCUAGAGAGGCUUGACAGACGAGAGCAAAAGGAGAGAGCUUGGAGAGGAGUUUGGACUUUUCUGCUUGUGCUUCUAGUUUCUAUAUCAUACUGUCUUUGAUGGGAACCCUUUUGGUUCCUUUUACCCGUCAUAUCAAACUGUUUUAUUCUCUUCACACCCGAUUCAGUCAUGUGGUUGGCCCUUCAUCUGACAGCGAUUGGAUUUGAACAAUUGGUUUUAAUGGGACUUGUUAUCUUAGGGUGUGUGUGGUCUUUUUGGUGGUUGUUACUGUUGUUGCUUUAAAUCACAGCGGGAUCAACUACAGGCGCAGCCCUCACCCAAUGAGAGGGGUUCCUGAGCUGUGUUGGGCUGCAAAGUUCACCCAUAAGGAUCCUGCUUGCGGUUGUGUGUGCGAUGUAAAGUGAUGUGUCUGCAGCGGGAGAUGGGCUUCAACCCUCCGACAGCGCUCUGAUUCAACAGCAACAGUGCUAGGGUGUCUGCUUGGUUCUCUAGAGUUGGGAAACUGAUGUCAGGUUUCAAUACACGUGACUGUGAUCAAACGCUUUUCCCUCAAUGUUACACACAAACACACACACAAAACACUUGAAUUCCGACCGAGGUUUAAGAUCCAUACGUCCUAUAUUUCCAUAUUUUUGAAACUGUGUGUACUUAUGCAGUGAUCACCUAGUGAGCUAGAGUUAGCUAUCCCUGCGGGGUAGCAGUCACCAGCAGUGGAUGACUGCUGCAGCUUAGAUAAGGACGCGUCAUAGGGUUCCCGUGGUAUACUCUGUUCAGUAGUGGUCGGGCUGACAGAGGAAAUGUCCAUGCUACAUGGUAGCGUCAGCUAGUGUUAGUAAAGCUGCACAUAGUAACUGCAUGCUGCUCGCAUCGUCAUUAGAAGCAUGGUGGUGGAAUUUGGUGAUUUCACAGAAGAAUUGUAAAGAAGCACCCCACCUCCAAAAAAACACCUUUAACUCUUUCUCUGGGUCUCUGGGUUUCAUCAAACAAGAUGACGGUGGACCCAUUUCCUGUUUUUUAACCCAUGACGAGGUCAGACAGUAGGCGUCUUCUAUUGGGCUGAAAGCGACACAAAUACUCACAGAAAAGAACUACAUCUAUGUCUAGCUUUUGUAUUGAGUAAGCACCGCAGCCCCAGCACGAUGAUGUCCUCCCAAACACAGAGUAGUCUCCUUCUGUCUGACAUCCACACUUGAUGAAGUGAUACGCUUGUAUUUUAGUGUGGAUUACAUUUAAUCGGUGGCCGCAUAAACUUGUAAAAUAAACUUUUUUUUCAUACAUUUCCUAUGUAUACACCUUAAGCUGCCUUGCUAUGUAAUUAGGCAACCGUUUUCUUGUCAUAAGGUUGCACAGUAGAUUAGGUUUUUAUUUUGGACUGGAAAAGAAUACUUGUGCUUACCUAUGUCGGAAUGCCUUAUUAAUUUGUCGAUUUAAAUUAUGGUUUUGAUCAGUUCUGUGAUGAGUAAUUGGUGGCUUGGUGUUUGUUGUUGUAUUUCGGGCAAGAAACAAGUCAUGUUUGUUUGUUUGUGUGGCAUGCAGAGCAUGUUUAUUGUAGAGCACUUCCUGUCUUCCUGUUGGAUACAGGAAGUGGCUUUUAGGCUGUUCUCAACCCACUAUAACUGAACCACUAGAUAUGGACAUUCAUGAAUGAGGUGGUGGGCUUUGGUUUGGUCAAAUAAAGUGUAGAAAAGACAAUGCUUUCGAUGAGAUGGGGCGACCUAGGGAUGUUUUGAUAUUUUAUAACGACUGUAUUGAGAUCGGCCUGGGAUCCAAAACCGAUGAUUUAAAUUUUGUUUUGGAAACUUUUUUCAUAAAUUUAGGUUUGGUUUGUAUUAUUGCUUAAAGGUGUUCCGGGGUAGUAAACGGGGGGGGCUAUACUUUUAAAAUUGCCAAAAAAAAAGGCUUCUCACAGUUUGCCUAGAUGAAGGGCUAUAUGGUAAGUUAUUCACACACCUCCUCAUCCCUUAAGAAGGGUUGGAUGCUCCGGCAUGGUUCCUGUGUUCAGGUUGUGGGGGAUAAAGAGUUCCUCCCAGCACGGUUAUGGUUUAUAUUCAACAAUAAGUGAUUGUAUACAACAAUGUAUAUUCAAUUAACAAGCUACAUCUGCCUUCUGCAUUGAGAGUUAUUGAGUUUCGUCUUUCUUCAAUGUUCACAGAGGUGUGUGAUGUGUCCACCUAGGCUCCAGAGACCAACCCCCCCCCCCCCCCUCUCUCUCUCUCACAUACAUACAUACAUACAUACAUACAUACAUACAUACAUACAUACAUACAUACAUACAUACAUACAUACAUACAUACAUACAUACUUGAGCCCCGACCAUCUUUUAUUUUACACCAGUUUAGCCCCCCCCCCCCCCCCCAUCCAUUGAUGAACUUUAUCAUGAGGUUAACGGUUUUGUAUGUCCGACUCUCAGGGUUUAAGUCCUAGACGAGCUUUCAGAUUAUUCCAAACCCCAUUAUGAUCGCAUUGUUAGUCUGGGCACAAACAUUCCCCCCAACCACUGUAACCCUUUCAUCUUCACCCGUGCAUCACAUACCUCUGUACUGUACUGUACUUAAAAAAAGGCUAUGCAAAAAUACAUAAACCCCUUCUAUUUGUUGUUGCAAUCUCUUUCCCCCAUCGUAUUUGUCAUGUAUUUACAAUACAUAGAUAGUAAUAUACAAGCAAUAUGUCCAGCAAUCCUCUGUCUCCCCUACUGUACUAUACUUCAAAAUUAACUUUUUUCAAGAAAAAUAUGCAAAAGAAGAACGAAAAAAAAUAAAUAAAAAGACAGGCUUUUGAGUUGUGAUGGUGUUGGAUGAAUCACGGGUGAGAACAUCAGAAACUAUUGAGUUAAUUUGGUUUCUCCGGAUCCAAUAAAAAAAGGGUAUGCUGUUCUGCUGCCUGUGGAAAAGUGUGUUUGCAGCUUAGCAGGCGAGAGUGCGUGUUUGCCUCCUAAACAAAGCACCAAUCAUUUACAAGUUGAAAUAUAUAAACAAUUAACAGACAUGUAAUAAAGGAAAUGGUUGUCUUUAUUCUUUGGUUAGGAAUGUUACUACUUUGGGCUGGUCUGUUUUCUUAUGUCACUCAUAAGUCCUGGGCCGUGGUAUAGUGGUGGCUAAACCUGGCCCAUGGUCUUUUGUAGGCAUUGAACAACGUCCCCUUCCACAAUAGAAUGUCAACCAACAUGUAAACUAUACUUUCUCUUUACCGAAACACAGCAAAUGUUGUAAAACUGAUGUCGGUGCCAUUUUGGUGUGUGUUUAUUUGUGUGAGAUUUUUUCUUCUGCCAAAACAAAAAAAAAGUAUCCAAUGUUGAUGCAGACUAUUCAUAUUUGGAUUUUUUUUUCGCACACCAAAAUCAAGCAGAUAUAUAAAAAUAAUAAAAAUAGAAUAAUUAAAUGUUAGGCAACAAUUAUAAGCAUUCAAAGUGUAUGGUAUAUAGAUUGCUUUGUUUUAGUCAAAGGCUUGAAUACUCUUGGGUCCUCAUUUGUAUUUUAUUUUUUUAAUAAAACAUAAAUAUUGGCGCUCAACUCA